UGUCCAAGUAAAACCUAUGAUCCGCUCAUAAAGUCCACCCGAGACUUUCCCGAUGAAGUCAUUAGCUUUAUUAAGCGCCACCCACUGAUGUACAAAUCCAUUUACCCAGUGGCAGGAGGACCAGUAUUCACUCGAAUCAACGUGGACUAUCGGCUGACGCAGAUUGUGGUGGAUCAUGUCAUGGCAGAGGAUGGGCAGUAUGAUGUUAUCUUCCUAGGAACAGACAUAGGCACAGUCCUGAAAGUUGUGAGUAUCACAAAGGAGAAGUGGACUAAGGAGGAGGUGGUCCUGGAAGAGCUGCAGAUAUUCAAGCACCCUUCAUUUAUCUCGACCAUGGAGAUUUCUCAGAAGCAGCAACAAUUGUACAUUGGUUCCAGGGAUGGAUUGGUUCAGCUCUCCCUGCACAGAUGUCACACGUAUGGGAAGGCUUGUGCAGACUGCUGCCUUGCCAGAGACCCAUACUGUGCCUGGGAUGGAAACUCGUGUUCCAGAUAUGCCCCCACUUCUAAAAGGCGAGCCAGAAGGCAAGAUGUCAAAUAUGGAGACCCCGUUGCACAAUGCUGGGAUGUGGAAGACAGCAUUAGUCAUGAAACUGCUGAUGAAAAGGUGAUUUUUGGCAUUGAAUUUAAUUCAACUUUUCUGGAAUGCAUUCCUAAGUCCCAGCAAGCCUCUAUUAGGUGGUAUAUUCAGCGCUCUGGAGAAGAACAUCGAGAAGAGCUGAAGGCUGAUGAAAGGAUCAUCAAAACAGAGCACGGGCUGCUGAUCCGCAGCUUGCAAAGAAAGGAUGCAGGAGCAUAUUUCUGCAAAGCCCAGGAGCACACCUUUGUCCAUACCAUUGUGAAGCUGAAUUUAAAUGUCAUUGAGAACGGGCAAAUGGAAAGCACUCAGAAAACUGAGGACGAGGAGGGCCGGGUGAGGGAUUUGCUGACGGAGUCCCGGCUGAGGUACAAGGACUACAUCCAGCUCGUCAGCAGCCCCAGCUUUAGCCUGGAUGAGUACUGUGAACAGAUGUGGCACCGGGAGAAGCGGCGGCAGCGGAACAAAGGUGGUGCCAAAUGGAAACAUGUGCAGGAGAUGAAAAAAAAGCGAAACCGAAGGCACCAUGAGCCAGCCAGGCCACCGUCUACGUAGUUUGUAAAUGCUAUUUAAAGAAAGGACAUUUUCCACAAAAAAAAAAAAUACUGUGUUCUGGUUUUGUGCAUCUUGCCUAUGGAUUAGUACCGCUUCUUGCUGAAAUCAGAUAAUUUACCAUCACUAUUAAUCUGUAUGAGACUGUACAAUGGGAUUCAAUACCAAAUGAGAUGUUCCUUAUUGGAGUACCACACACCAGGCAAUAAUUUCAAAUGCACUCAUUAAAAAGAAAAGAUGUACACUUUUAGCUAAUUUCUGGGUAGCCUGAGGCUACGUGAGCUGUGUUCUGUACUUCCUGCAUAAUUUUCACAUAAGAUUUAGUGUCCGUGUUCCCAUGUUAAUAUUUGCUGCCACAUUCCACCCCA